AUGCUUUUCAUUUUCUUCUUUUCCUUUCAACUCUUUUACUUGUUUCUCUUUUCUUUUUUUUACUUUCUCUUGCUUUUUGUCUUCUUUAUUUGUUCAUACAGACAUUCAAUCUUUCUUUCUUUCUUUCUUUCUUUCAUUCUUUCUUUCUCGAAUCUUUCAUUUCUUUCUUUCUUUCUUUCUUUCUUUCUUUCUUUCUUUCUUUCUUUCUUUCUUUUCCUUUUUCAUUUUCUUUGUUCGAUUGUUUAUCUUUCUUUCUUUUUCUGUUCCACUUUGUUUCUGUUUAUCUGUCUCUUUCUUUCUUUUUUCUUUCUUGCUUUCUUCCUUUCUUUGUUCGUUUCUUCCUCCCUCUUUCUUUCUAUUUUUCUUUUUCUCCACUCCUUCCUUCCUUCCUUCCUUCCUUCCUUCCUUCCUUCCUUCCUUCCUUCUCCUAACUCUCCUUGCGUCCUUAUUGUAUAUCUUUCUUUCUUUCUUUCUUUCUUUCUUUCUUUUAAUCCUCUUAGCUCCACUCCUUCCUUCCUUCCUUCCUUCCUUCCUUCCUUCUUCCUUCUCCUAACUCUCCUUGCGUCCUUAUUGUAUAUAUUUCUUUCUUUCUUUCUUUCUUUCUUUCUUUUCUUUUUUUCUUUCUUUCUUUUUCUUUCUUUCUUUUCUUUUAAUCCUCUUAGCUCCCUCCUUCCUUCCUUCCUUCCUUCCUUCCUUCCUUCCUUCCUUCCUUCCUUCUUCCUAACUCUCCUUGCGUCCUUAUUGUAUAUCUUUCUUUUCUUUUUUUUCUUUAUUUCUUUUAGUUCCUCGUCUUCCUUCCUUCCUUCCUUCCUUCCUUCCUUCCUUCCUUCCUUCCUUUAUUCCUUGUAUUUGCUUCUCUCUUUCAUUUGUCUACUUUCUUAA